AUGCGUCUCUCAAGCCUCUUCCUUGCCGUCCUCCCUGUCCCAAUCGAGGCAGCCUUACAGCGGGUUACGAACUUCGGUUCUAAUCCGACCGGUCUGACAAUGGAUAUCUCUGUUCCUGCGAACCUCGCUGCCUCUCCGGCCAUAAUCCUUGCCCUUCACCCCUGCGGUGGCUCCGGCCCAAGCUAUGCCAAUCAAGCCAACUAUAUUACGCCCUCUGACUCAAAGCGUACCUUCGUUGUUAUCUAUCCGUCUUCUACCAAAGACUUCAACUGCUGGGAUGUCGCCAGCUCGGCCACCCUUAGACACGACGGUGGUGGCGACUCUGCUGGUCUAGCCAACAUGGUCCGCUACGCAAUUACGCGCUAUAACGCCGACCCAAAGCGUAUCUUUGUAACAGGAAGCUCGUCAGGCUGUAUGAUGACUAAUGUGCUUUCCGCCACAUACCCGGAUAUAUUUGCUGCAGCAACAUGUUAUUCAGGUGUUGCAGCAGGAUGCCUGGCUGGCUCUCCAGGCUCAAGUCCUAUCAGUGCUGACCCGAGGUGCGCCAAUGGUCAAAUCAAUAAAACUGGUGCGCAAUGGGCUGCGCAGGUGCGUGAUAUGUAUCCUGGUUACUCUGGGACUUACCCACGGCUCCAGACAUACCACGGCACGGCAGACUCGGUCGUUAGGUACCCUAACCUUGCCGAGCAGCUCAAGGAGUGGUCCACUAUCCAUGGUGUUAGCUUCACUGGGAACAAAACGAGCGCCAGCGGCUACACGCAGAUGACCUAUGGCGAUGGUACCAAACUUGUGGGUAUCUCUGCGCAAGGGGUUGGGCAUACUGUACCCGUCCAGAGGGACGAGGACUUGAAGUGGUUUGGCCUGUAG